CUGAGCUACACUAGGUAAGUGUCAUUAGCUGAGGGUGCUAGCUUGGGUUAGUUUGACAUUUCCAACGGUGUGAGUUGAACUCGACAGCUGAGAGUCCUGUGUAGCGAAGUAUCACCGCCAGAGGUUCGUCAUGGCAGAUGAAGAUUUUGAUUGUGGAGAGUCUGGGGCUUCCACCACUUUCCCCAUGCAGUGCUCUGCGUUGCGGAAGAAUGGCUAUGUCAUGCUAAAAAACCGUCCCUGUAAGAUCGUGGAGAUGUCUACUUCUAAAACUGGCAAGCAUGGGCAUGCCAAGGUUCACCUUGUUGGGACUGACAUCUUCACUCAGAGGAAAUAUGAAGAUAUCUGCCCUUCCACCCAUAACAUGGAUGUUCCUCAUGUUAGCAGGAAAGACUACCAGCUCAGCAAUAUUGACGAUGGUUUCCUUUCCCUGAUGGAUGACAAUGGAGAACUCAGAGAAGACCUUAAAAUACCAGAGGGUGAUGUUGGCAAAGAUAUUGAAAAGAGAUUUGAUAAUGGAGAAAACUUAAUUAUCACUGUGCUGAAAGCUUUAGAUGAAGAGCAAGUAGUCAGCAUCAAGAACGUUUCCUAACCAGACCAAACUACAGAGACCUCACACACCUUAUGCUCCUUCGUGGCUUUAAAUCCUGGUCUCCAUCCCUCCAUCUCCAUCACUUUCCCCUGAUGGUUGGUGUAAUGCAGAAACUACACCCAUCUGCACUUUGGGCUCGGGGCUGACUGGUCUGCACCCCCCACCAUCAGUGUGUCUUUGCAACUGAUGCUUUAUUAUAUUUCAUAGAUUUUUAACAUUCCUCUUAGUGGGUGGGUGGCAUGUCUUUGUGAUUCCUUUUGCUUUUAAAUUCCACUUGCUCAGUUGAAUGUGGAGUUUCUCAGUUGGGUAUUUAAAUUCUGCAAAAUGACUUUGUUCGGAUAUAAGUUUGUUCCCGCUUUGCUUGAGGCUUUAUGAGAAUCUGUAAAUUUCUUUUUCCGAAGUCAAAGCAAACUUGGCUUUUGCUGUAAUGUAACUCGAAUUGAUUUGAUUGUUACGUCAUGGGUCAUCAAAGUCUUUUGAUCGGUGACCUCUGACCCUGAGAAUAGAUCAUGUUGGUCUGUUGCUGAGUUGUGGUAGGAAGCGAAGUAGUGCUAGGAGGUCAGUUUGGGAGCGUUAUGCUGGAUCGUAAACUUAACCAGUAUUUGGUGCAUUUUGCGCUUGAAUAGCGACUGGGCUACACCCACAUUUAUACGUAUUCUUGUAAGUCAUUAUUUUGUGCUGUGUUUACACCUCGUGUCCACACUACUCCAGUGUUUUAGGACGUUUAACAUGGAGAGAAACGCUGUCGACAUGGUUUUUGUUUGUAAACUCUGAGGUUGAGUUGAAAUGCGGUUGGAUAGAAACAGAUACUUUUGGAAAGGAUGAUGCUAACCCCUGGUUCGCCGCGUUGGUGUCAUGUGAUUGUUUUGGGAGUAAAAUAAAGCAUCAGCCUAGACUAAUGGCUUUUUUUUUUUGCCUCUGAUAGCAGCUGUUUUUGCAGUUCAAUUUGGUUUUUAUCAUUUUACUACCAACUACAUUCAAGAAGGCAGUUUGAGCAAUUUGCAGCAAUUCCUAUGGGAUGUUUUUCCGGCGUGUUAGAAUGUUUGAAUGUUAGGACAUUAAAACAAUGAAAACAUACUUGUAGAUGUGUUGUUAGUUGUUUUUUCUUUUACGCUUAAAUUAUUUGUCUUAUUAUUACAUUUGCAUCCAACAAGAAUUAGGAGAGUCUGAGGACUUUGGCUGAUUGGAAUGUAUCUGGGCACUAGUGUUCAACCUGGAUUGACAAGUGGCUGGGUGGUAAAUUGAUCCUCACCUUUCAUCACUUUUUUUUUUUUUUUUUUUUUAAUCUAUGUAGCAUGUAAGCAUUGUGUCUGACACACUGUGGCCUACAACUUUUGUUGUAAUGUUGCAUGGAUUUGGAGUUGCGCGAUGUUUCCUUCUUAGUUAAAGCAAUACUUAAGUGCACUCUUACAGCCUUCUUGGAAUCCUUUCAGCACAUAGAUCAGAGUUUCUUCACUGUUUUACACAGUGUAUGUUCUGUAAUAUCACAUUACUGGAAAAAGAUGAAGUGUGUGUGUAUAAACGUAAUGAUUGUAGUACUGACAGGGGAAGUCUGUGUGCAGUUGGAUUGUUCCGUUUUGUUUGUCCUUUUGCCCUGAACAGUCAAAACUCUGUUGAAGACAUGUCUUCUGUUCAUUUAAUGUUCAGUACUACACCACAAUAGUACCUUGGAUUUGAAGGACCAAACAUGGAAAAACGAUUGUUCUCUGUAGGAAAGGGUCCGGCUCCUAUUGAAUUUCCAUUGCUUUAGUCAGGAGGGUAUCAGUUCACUAGGCGGUGAAAGCUAAUGGUAUCAGUAUUGUAAUAACUGUAGGGACGUAGGGUUGUGGGCUGUGGAGGUUCGCUGACUCUAUAUGAAAUAUGGGGCUACAGGAGAGAUGAUCUGAAACUGAUUUCUUCUUUCCUGGCUCUUACUUGGUAGUAAUAAAGAACGGUGUUAAACUAGUUUACCCGAUGGGCCAAUUCACACUGGCCUAUUGUUGUUAAUACUUCUGAGGAUGCCGUGUGACUUUACAAACAGGAUUUUGUUGCUUGUUUUACCUCUUUCUUCAACUCUGAUGUUUUGGGAGCUUCAUUAGAAAUAGGAUUGUUACAUUGAACUCGUCUUAAUGUCUACAGUCUUAGCUGAAUUGUCUUCCAAAGGUCAUAUUAAUACGUCAUAAUUCAGCAGCUUUGGUUGUCUCCAGUUACUGUGCAGCUCUGUGUAGCAUUUUGAUUCCUAAUAAGUGGAUCUGAUUACCAUGUCAUUUUUUCGAAAGGGUUUUUUUUUUUUUUUUUAUGUGUCAUGUAGACAAAGGUAACAGGGCUGAUAUCUGGGAGGGGCUUUCUCAGAUUUCACUAAAUCGCAUGUUUACACUGUAAAGGAGGCAGCUCUGUCUGUGUGGGCUUCAGUGAGCUGAUCUGGGAUCAGUCCACCUGUGGCGAGACCGGAACAGUGAGCCUAUUUACAUGACCACAAAAGUCCAACAACUGGGAGGAAUCAGAUCAUCGUAAUAAUCAGAUCUAACACAUUUACAUACACUUAAGAAAUGUGAUAAUCAAUAAACCCUGGUUUAGACGUUUCAGUCCAUUAUCGGGUUUCUUUCGGAGUAUGGAUGUAUAUAGUGGCGGUAGACUAAAAUUUCCUGUUAUUAUCUUCCACUCACGUUUGACUACGUGACUUAGAUUUUCCACGAUUUUAAUUGUGUUUACACGUGCAGACGUAAAAAAGAACUAAAUAAAUCAGAUUAACCUGUGUACAAACAGGAACACAUCAGAGUAUUGGGGAGAAAUCCAGGUGUGUUAAUCCAAUCUCUCAUAAUCAGAUUACUGCCAUUAUCUGAUAAAACAUAUCAGAUUGCACUGGUUACAUGGUCACGUCAAUGAUCUGAUAACUCCAGAAAUCCGGUAAUUGGAGUAUGAGUGUGUGUGUAAAUGGGCUCAGUGUGUGAGGUGUGUGUCAGGAUGGCCUCUUCUCAGGGUUCCAAACCAAAGAGUCAGGAGUGGUUACACUUUUCAGGAGCAAUAACAAAGAUUAGAACCAUUGAGUUUGUUUUUUAAUUUCGUUUUGUCAGAAACGCGUAUUAUUCUGGUGUUGGACAGUUCUUGUUUUGUUUCCCAUAAUGCCUUUCAAUAGACACAGUUUCCUUUACUUUUUUAAAAACUGCUUAUUCUUACAAUGAGUUUUUUUGUAGUCAAAAGACACAGUAUCUGAUGUUGAGUCAGGGUUUAGACACCUGUAUGAUCAGGUGGACUCAGGUGCCUUUUUCACUCUGUAAAUGUACGAUACAAACAGUGCGCAGGUUGGAUCUGAAGCCUGUAUUGGAUCAUAUAAAGUAAAGACCCUGUUCUAAUGACUGUUUGGGCUACUGUCUUUACAUCAGAAUGUCUUUCUGUUUUUAUUGUGUAUGGGAAACAAAAUAAAUUUCAUUCUGACUUGUU